ACUGUGAGAGGAUUACACGAAAAUUCGAUCCCUUUAAACUUGUCGUAACUAUUGUUUUUCUGCAAACCCGCGACUAUGAGUUGUGGAUUUGUUACUUGCGGGCCAAACGAGGCCCUCGUAGUGUCAGGUCAAAAUACAAGGCCAAAAUGAGGAAAUGUUAUCCACAGCAUGUGAACAGUUUCUUGGUAAAACUGAAGAAGAAAUUCAUAAUAUUGCACUUGUAACUCUAGAAGGACAUCAACGCGCAAUAAUGGGAAGCAUGACUGUGGAGGAAAUAUAUAAAGACCGUAAAAAAUUUAGCAAAGAAGUCUUUGAAGUAGCAAGCAGUGAUCUAGUCAAUAUGGGCAUUACUGUUGUGUCCUAUACUUUAAAAGAUAUUCGAGACGAAGAAGGAUAUCUGAAAGCUCUUGGUAUGGCACGAACAGCCGAAGUGAAACGUGAUGCAAGAAUCGGUGAGGCAGAAGCUCGUAGAGAUGCUCAAAUUCGCGAAGCCAUCGCCGAAGAACAGAGAAUGGCUGCCCGUUUUCUUAAUGAUACCGAAAUUGCUAAAGCACAACGCGAUUUCGAAUUGAAGAAAGCCGCAUAUGACGUUGAAGUGCAAACGAAAAAAGCAGAAGCGGAGAUGGCAUUUGAAUUACAAGCUGCGAAAACUAAGCAAAGAAUUAUGGAAGAACAGAUGCAAAUAAAAGUUGUUGAACGUGGACAAGAAAUUGCGGUUCAAGAACAAGAAAUGAUGAGACGUGAACGUGAAUUGGACGCAACUGUACGACGUCCAGCUGAUGCAGAAAAAUAUAGAUUAGAAAAAAUGGCUGAAGCUAAUAAAUUGCGCUUAGUAAUGGAAGCUGAAGCCGAAGCAGAAGCCAUCAAAAUUCGUGGGGAAGCAGAAGCCUUUGCCAUUGAAGCAAAAGCUAAAGCAGAAGCAGAACAAAUGACAAAGAAAGCUGCUGCAUGGAACGAAUACAAGAGUGCUGCUAUGAUAGAUAUGAUGUUAGAUACUCUCCCAAAGGUUGCAGCUGAAGUUGCAGCACCCUUAUCACAAGCCAAAAAGAUAACAAUGGUUUCUAGUGGAAAUGGAACUAUUGGUGCAGAGAAACUAACUGAAGAAGUAUUUAAUAUAGUGACGCGGGUACCAGAAUUGGUUAAAAAUUUGACGGGCGUAGAUAUUGCAAAGUCUGUUCAUGCGGCUUAAUCAAAUGGUACAAGAGUUUUAAAUAUUUCCUGACCACAUUCAUAUUCAUACUGAGUAUAAAGUCUUUGAUAUACACAUUUAUUUUAAUAUGCUGUUGCAUAUUAGAGUAUAAUUCAUAAGUUUUAACUUUAAUGAUAUUUCGUUAGAUAAAACGUUCAGUACUUUCACUGCCAAUUAAUUGGAUAACAAAUUAUUUCCAAUUAGUGCCAAUUUUGAAAAUAUUUUAAAAUAUUUUAAAAAGGAAUAUAUUCAAAUUGGUAUACAUUUUCGAAAAUAGAUUAUAUAUACAAAAAUGUUCGCACAAUAUUCGUAUUUCAUCACUUGAAAGGUGUGCAAUAGAUAGCAGUAAAUGCCUAAGUUAUACAGGCAGUGAAUGUGUGUUUUAUUUAAUAGGUACUGAAUACUCGUUAUAGUACAAUUUUUAUUUGUAUUAGAUGAAAUAAGUUGAAGUUAUAUAUUUUUAAUUAGUUUCUUAUGCACUUAGAAGAAAAGAGAAAUAAAUGCAAAUAUAUCUUUUUGAAUUUCAUAUUGACCAAAGAUGGUCCAGUUUUGUCCAUACAUAUAUAACUUUGCCACUACGUGCCGGAAUAUUCCUUUAAAUAUGCUAUAUGUACCUUUCAAUAAUAUUAAUAUAAUUAAUGGAUAUGAGAAUUUUAGAACUGGAAGUGCUAAUAUUUAACACUUGUUCGAUGUGGUUUGAUGUUAAGUAACUAUGUCUAGUCCCUAAACUUUAUUUAAUUAUAUUUCCUAUCUUCCUUCAAAAAUGCAGUAAUAUAUUUUGCAUCAUUUUUUGCUAGAAUUUACUGUGAUCUGAAACUCUUUGUACGAAUAAAAAAUGAUAUAGUCAUAGUUCUUGAGACGUGUUUGAGAGCUUUGAUGACAAAAUUUGUAUGACCAAUUGAACGCCUUAAAUUAAUGAAAAAAAGAUUCAAUUUUAUGUAAAGCGAUUAAACGUUAAAAUCAAA